AAUGUGUAAAGCAUGGAACGUUUUAAAACGAUAGACGUUGGUGUUAUUAAUCAAAAGGAGAACAACCCAUCUCUAACUAGAGAUGGAAAGGACAGAAAUGCGCAGGAUGGCAACGCAAUUUUAAACUACGUUCCUCAGGCAGGAGUAACAAAAUCUCAGCAACCUUUAAAGGACAGGAACAUGGCAGCACAGCCACAGAUCCAAAAACCUCAUGAUCAGGUGCAACUUUUGGAGAAGUUUAGGAAACUGCGCCAGUGGCAACAACAACAACAAGAAAGUAUGUUCCGUCAACAACAGCAACAAAUGGAAACGUUGAAGAUGGAACAAAAUAAACUCCAGAGCAUCUUGGCUGCUCAGAAGAGACUUCAAGAACAGCAAACAACUUCAAGUGUGACAGUGCGCUCUCCAAACUUAGUAAAGACUUCAAGUCAGGCUGAUACUAUGAGUCCAACCACUGCACAGAGUCAUCCACAACAGAAAGCAGGGGCACAGAUGCCAAUAAAUAUGAUGACAAGAGCAGAAGCUGAAAAUAAUGAACCUAUAGGACAUCAUUCAAAUGUAUUACUUAGAUCUAUACCUACAUCUUCUGCACCACCUAUUGUAAUGAGUCAAGGAGAUUCAGAUUUCCAAAUGAGACAGUUUGGUUCUCAGCAGUAUAAUGGAACCACAGAAAAGCUUGAAGGAAGUUUAGCUUCUUUUAACAAGACAGUUUAUCCAAUGAUGUGGAACUCAUCAAAUUAUCGCCUUCCCUUGGGUACAAUUCCCCUUUCUUCUGGUCCAAAGGUUGUGCCUUUGCAAGGGCAGCCUGUGUCUGGUUCAGCAAACUCAAACAGACUCAUGCCCUAUGCAGGUAUGAACUAUAAUGGAAUGAUUGAAGUUCCUUCAAGUUCUCAGAUUCCAGUUUCAUCUCAGGAGCUAAGAGGAGUGGGGUAUAACCCUGGAAGAGACAGUCAAAGCCAUUUUGAAGUCAAUGCCAGGGAGACUAACACGGCUCUUGAGUGUAACAAAAGUCCAGGUAUGAAACAGGAACUUGAAAGAUUGUGGAGUCACCAUGCUGAGGUAAAAGGCCUGGCUGAUGCUGAUUCUCAGAUUGAUGAACAAUCUGAAGCUGAUGCUAUGAGUGGUGUUUACCCUCUCUAUGAUUCUGAACCAGAGGUGGGUGUGAAUGAGAGCGAUGAAGAAAACGAGGAAAAAGAAAUGGAUGAAGAAUCAGAAGCUGAGGAAGAAUUAGAAGAAACCAGUGAAAGGAAUGCAACAGUAAUAGAAUUAGAACCUCAUCCUGAAGAUGUGCAUGUAGAAGGAAUGAAUGAACAGAACUUGGACAAAAGCAAUACUGAAGUAGAUGAUGAAAUACCCAUCAAGCCAGGCAUAGGAGGUGCAUCCUCUGCCAAGACUUUUGAGGAACUCUUAGAACAGCAACUCAGACUUGACGAGGUUAGUGCUUCAUGUUGUACAUGUUUUCAGAGUGUUUGUACUAGCAUUGUAGGCAUGUAG